AUGCCAUUAGCUCAUUUCUUCAUUUCCAAGAAUCGCAAGGUCAACUUUGAAAUCAGCAUCUUAAUACGCGAUCUUAAGAAUGUACCGUUAGUCAGUGGCCUUUACCAUAUACGGUGGCGAAUGAAGCAUGCAUCUCACACAAACGGAUCUACUCAGAGGGCACCUAUAAAAGAUCAUAGUAUUUACUGGAAUCAUCCUAUAAGCACUAUGGUACAAUUGGUUAUUGAUAAACACCAUGUCCUGAGCCCAUGCGAGUUUAAACUCGAGAUCUACCAAGAGAUCGGGAGUGGUAAAGACGCAGAGAUGAUUGGAAGUCUCACUGUCAAUUUAGCCGAAUAUGCCACCACUGGUCUAACCACUCGCCGCUACCUUCUUGAGCAAUGUAAAUUCAACUCCACUCUCAAGCUUUCUAUACAAAUGACGCAGAAAUCAGACGUUGACACAGAGUUCGUGGCGCCGCCGUUACGGAAACAGCAGAUAUUUACUGAUAUACCGACUAUGAUCAAUAAAGAUGAAAAGCAGAGAUCAAUGGUGUUUUACGAAAAUAAAAUAGCACGGCCUUCACGCCCACCUCCACCUACUCUCAAAAAAUCACAUUCUGCAAUGUCCCUUCCCCGUUUCUGUAGGCAGACCGAAUUUCAGAAUGAUACUGAAGAGCAAUCCCCGACCGACCUCGUUGAGCAACUGUUUAUGGGAAAGCAACCCGACAUCAAUGCAUUUUCUUAG